UUGUAAUUUAAAAGGGUGUGUUUAUUGGUGUGUACAUGUCAUUUUGAACAAGUGUUCUUCAUCCUCUGUUCUUCAGGACGAAGCUCGAAGUAUGCGACUCCCUUGGCUGCUGUUCCUGCACAUAUCACUUCUUCCAUCGGCUUCUGCCGCCGGACUCGGCGGCACCUGCUUGUCGAAUGGAAACUGCGGCGCCGGCUUACACUGCGAGACUUGCCUGGCGAGCCGAGACGUCCGGCUGAGGUGCACCCGGGUGAAGCCCUCCGAUCCCAAAUCCAAGGGGACCGGGCUGCCCUUCAACAGCUACUCGUGGCUGACGACUCACAACUCGUUCGCAAGACUCGGCCAGAAAUCGCUCACCGGAACGCCCAUACUCACCCCUGAGAACCAGCAGGACUCCAUCACCGACCAGCUCAACAAUGGUGUUAGGGGAUUGAUGCUGGAUAUGUAUGACUAUGAGAAUGAUAUUUGGUUGUGUCAUUCAUUUGGUGGAAACUGUUACAACUUCACUGCCUUUCAACCUGCCAUUAAUGUACUUAAGGAAAUUCAAAUGUUUCUGCAAGUAAACCCUUCAGAGGUCAUAACAAUAUUUAUCGAAGACUAUGUAACAUCUCCUAAGGGCCUCACGCGAGUUUUCAAUUCUUCUGGACUGAUGAAGUAUUGGUUCCCAGUUUCAAGGAUGCCUAAGAAUGGUGGGAAUUGGCCAUUGCUAAGUGACAUGAUCACAAGAAAUCAGCGACUGCUCGUGUUCACAUCAAAAUCAAGCAAAGAGGCAUCUGAGGAAAUCGCAUAUGAGUGGAGAUAUGUUGUCGAAAAUCAAUAUGGAGAUGAAGGAAUGAAAUUGGGUUAUUGCCCGAGCCGUGCUGAGUCUUUGUCUAUGAACUCAUCAUCAAGAUCACUUGUUCUAAUGAACUACUUCCCCUCGCUUCCUAAUGUAGCGACCGCCUGCAAGCACAACUCAGCACCACUUGUGAGCAUGAUGAACACAUGCCACAACUUGUCGGCCAACCGCUGGCCUAACUUCAUUGCGGUCGACUUCUACAAGAGAAGUAAUGGAGGUGGAGCCCCAGAAGCUACUGACAUAGCAAAUGGUCACCUUCUUUGUGGAUGCAAUGAUAUAGCCUUCUGCAAAGUUAAUGCUUCAUAUGGUCAGUGCGAUGUUCCACCAAAAGCUGGUGAUGCAGAAACAUCACCUGCCAAAGCAUCAAAUGCACAAAUUCUUUCAAGCCAGUUCCAACAUCAUUGUAUGCUAAGAAUCAUGUUGGUUUAUUAUGGCUUAUGGUUCGUUCUGUAAGUAGUCAUCUGCUCUUUUGUUACCUCAGCAAACACAAUGUUUUUGGCUUUCAGAAACAAAACCAAUUCCUCCUCUCGGUCCUUAUUGUAGCCUCUUAUUUAUAAAGCUUUUUAUCCACCCAAAGCCCAGCCUCUUACACAAGCUUAGGAGCCGGCCAAGCCAAGCUUGAAGUCCAAGCUUAGUGGCCGACCAAGCCAAGCUUGGAGCUCAAGACUAGGGCCAGCCAAGCCAUG